AUGGCGUUAGCUUUCGAUGAGUUCGGUCGGCCGUUUAUAAUCAUACGUGAGCAGGAGACCAAGUCGCGUGUGAAGGGUCUCGCGGCGCAGAAGGGUAACAUCCUCGCCGCCAAAUCCGUCGCGAAGAUUCUCCGCAGCUCGCUCGGGCCCAAGGGAAUGGAUAAGAUGCUUCAGAGCGGCGAUGGCGACGUCACUAUAAAUGAUCUAACGACAGACGGCAUGACUAUUCUGGAGCAGAUGGAGGUGGAGGCGCGUCGAAACCCGAUCCGUCCCCAAUGCGCUGAUGCCUUCCAAACCCAAUCCCCUGUUCCCUCUAACCCCCCCUGCACAGCGAACGACGGCGCGACGAUUCUGGAGCAGAUGGAGGUGGAGAACCGCGUGGGGCGGCUGAUGGUGGAUCUGUCCAAGAGCCAGGACUUCGAGAUCGGCGACGGCACCACCGGCGUCGUCGUCACUGCCGGCGCGCUGCUAGAACAGGUGCAUUUGUGUGCUGCUAGAGCAGUCAUGGACGUUGAUGUGAGGUGGUGCCGCGUGGGGCGGCCGAUGGUGGAUCUGUCCAAGAGCCAGGACUUCGAGAUCGGCGACGGCACCACCGGCGUCGUCGUCACCGCCGGCGCGCUGCUCGAGCAGGUGCGUGCCGGCGUACACGUGUGUGUGAGCAAGCAGGCGGAAGCUCUGCUCGACCGCGGCAUCCACCCCAUCCGCGUGGCGGAGGGGUACGAGAUGGCGUCCAAGAUCGCGGCGGCGCAUCUGGAUGCGAUCGCGGAGACGUUCGAAUUCUCCAAGGAUAACUUCGAGCCGCUCGUCGAGACGUGCAUGACCACGCUCUCGUCUAAGAUCGUUGGGCGCUGCAAGAGGCAGAUCACUGAGAUCGCGGUACAGGCAGUGGUAGCCGUAGCAAACUUGGAACGCCGGGAUGUGAAUCCGGAAUUGAUCAAGGUGGAGGCCAAGAUUGGCGGGCGGCUGGAAGAGACGGAGUUGCGCCAGAUGGCUGAGAUUGCUGUACAGGCAGUGUUGGCUGUAGCGGACUUGGAACGCCGCGACGUGAAUCUGGAGCUCAUUAAAGUGGAGGGCAAGACGGGCGGGCGGCUGGAGGAGACGGAGCUCGUCCGAGGGAUUAUCGUGGACAAGGACUUCAGCCACCCUCAGAUGCCCAAGCGGAUUGAGGACGCCAAGAUUGCGAUUCUGACGUGCCCGUUUGAGCCGCCCAAGCCCAAGACGAAGCACAAGGUGGACAUUGACACGGUGGAGAAAUACGAGCGGCUGCAGGAGUCUGAGCGGAAGUACUUUGAUGAUAUGGUGCAGCAGUGCAAGGACGCGGGCGCCACGCUGGUGAUCUGCCAGUGGGGGUUUGACGACGAGGCCAAUCAUCUGCUCAUGCACCGAGGCUUGCCUGCCGUGCGCUGGGUGGGAGGCGUGGAGCUGGAGCUCAUCGCCAUUGCCACUGGUGAGUCACGGUGGAUUGUUAUUGUGGGCCGCACGCAACCACCUGCACCGCGGCUUGGCCCUCUGGGUGAAGGGGUGGAGCUAGAGGAUCUUGUCACGAUUCUCACUGGUGAGCAGAGCAUACAUUGCGUCAUGUGGCAUACAUCACUGCUGCUCAUGCACGUCUGCGCCGCUGCAAGAUCCGCUGCACCACUGAAUCUACUUCAAUUCCCCAAAAGAAAAGGCAACUUGUCCCAUGAUCGCUCUUGGCCGAACGCCCUCGCCUCAAUCCCCCUCAUUCCCUCCCUCUCUCGCUCCCACCCCACUCGCACUCCUCCUCUCCCUCGCUCACCCUCUCUACUCCCCUCUCCCCCGCUCGACCUUCUCUCCCUCCCUCUUUACCCGUCUCCCCCCCUCUCCACCCUUCUCCCCUUCUCCCUUUGUACCCCCCUCUCCCCUUCCCCCCCUCUCUUUCCCUGCCAUUUCCUUGGUGCAGGCGGCCGCAUCGUACCUCGUUUCCAAGAGCUCACACCCGAGAAGCUGGGCAAGGUGAGGGGGGUUGUGGAAGUGUGGAGUGGUGCGCGAGAAGGCUUUUGGCACGACCAGGGAUCGUAUGCUAUGCUGUACAUUGAGGGGUGCGCCAACCCAUGCUGCCAACACACAUCGCUCGCACCACCCCUUACCAUGCUUCCACUCCGUCCCUGCUCCCCCCCCAUCCAGGCUGGUGUGGUGCGGGAGAAGGCGUUUGGAACGACCAAGGACCGCAUGCUCUACAUUGAGGGGUGCGCCAACUCACGCGCCGUCACCAUCUUCAUCCGCGGAGGCAGCAAGAUGAUGGUGGAGGAGACCAAGCGCAGCCUGCAUGAUGCCCUGUGCAGCAAGAUGAUGGUGGAGGAGACCAAGCGCAGCCUGCACGACGCCCUGUGCAGCAAGAUGAUGGUGGAGGAGACCAAGCGCAGCCUGCACGAUGCCCUGUGCAGCAAGAUGAUGGUGGAGGAGACCAAGCGCAGCCUGCACGACGCCCUGUGCAGCAAGAUGAUGGUGGAGGAGACCAAGCGCAGCCUGCACGACGCCCUGUGCAGCAAGAUGAUGGUGGAGGAGACCAAGCGCAGCCUGCACGACGCCCUGUGCAGCAAGAUGAUGGUGGAGGAGACCAAGCGCAGCCUGCACGACGCCCUGUGCAGCAAGAUGAUGGUGGAGGAGACCAAGCGCAGCCUGCACGACGCCCUGUGCAGCAAGAUGAUGGUGGAGGAGACCAAGCGCAGCCUGCACGACGCCCUGUGCAGCAAGAUGAUGGUGGAGGAGACCAAGCGCAGCCUGCACGACGCCCUGUGCAGCAAGAUGAUGGUGGAGGAGACCAAGCGCAGCCUGCACGACGCCCUGUGUGUGGCGCGCAAUCUCAUUCGAGACAACCACAUCGUGUACGGGGGAGGCUCCGCGGAGCUCACAUGCUCACUUGCGGUCGAAGCAGCAGCCGACAAGGUUCCCGGGGUGGAGCAGGUCGUUUGCAGAGACACUAGAGGCGGUGCCCAUGGUAGCCCUGUUCCCUUCUCCCGUGCCCAUUUCUUGCCUUUCUGUCCCCUUGUGGCUCUAUCACCCAUCUCCUGUCCCUCCACCCGCCAGUACGCCAUGAGGGCUUUUGCAGAGGCACUAGAGGCGGUGCCGAUGGCUCUGGCGGAGAACAGCGGCCUGCCACCCAUCGACACGGUGUCCAGCAUCAAGGCACAACAGGUCAAGGAGAACUGUCCAUACCUGGGAGUGGAUUGCAUGGAUGCAGGGACAAAUGACAUGCGCAAGCAGAAGGUAUUUGAGACGUUGAUUGGCAAGAAGCAACAGCUGUUGCUGGCUACACAGGUUGUGAAGAUGAUUCUCAAGAUUGAUGAUGUCAUCUCACCAUCCCAAUACGAGUGA